ACCCUAGAUUUAUGCUUCAUCAUAUACGAUUUCCCCAAAUUCAAAACUAUUUUAUCCGUAAAUUGUGUUGACUUCUCUCGGAUUUUGUGUUUACCGUAAUUGUUGUACGGAUCAUUUAACCGAAUUUUGCGGAUUUCAGCUUUGAGUCAAAGAUCUGUUCUUUGAAUCUCCGUUAUCUGAGUCAAUGAUUCUGUGACGUGUUUCUCAGAAAAGUUUAUUCCUUGGAGACAACGGAAUGUGCCACUUCUCUCCAAAGAAAGAGCUUUUCUUACUCUCGCGGACCUGCACUUUGUUCAUCAUUGGUCUCUUUGAAUCCGGUUAAUGAGGAGUGUUGGGGUGAGCACGAGUAUACCAGCAACUAAAGGAUUGGCGGAACUCAAUCACCAUAGACGGAAGGAGCUGAAGGAAGUGAGAGAUGGAGCUGCAUUUGCUGGUCAAAGGCUUUCUGAGGAAGACGAGUCAAGAAUUAAUGAGGAUGUCAAUGGUGGUAGGCGCAUAGAGUUGGUCUUAUCCCAGGAUGCUGUUCAGAGACAGCAUCAACAACCUCAAGGGCCUGUGGUUCAAUGGGAGAGGUUUCUGCCUCUUAGGUCUCUCAAAGUUCUGCUGGUGGAAGAUGAUGACUCAACUCGUCAUGUCGUCAGUGCUCUGCUUCGUAAUUGUAGCUAUGAAGUUACUGCUGUAGCAAAUGGUCUGGAAGCAUGGAAAGUACUGAUUGAUCUCAACAAACAAAUUGAUCUGGUUUUAACUGAGGUAGUCAUGCCAUAUCUAUCAGGACCCGGUCUUUUGUCCAAGAUCAUGAACCACACACCCCGCAAAAGUAUCCCAGUGAUCAUGAUGUCAUCUGACGAUUCUAUGGGUAUAGUCUUUAAUUGUUUAUCCAAGGGUGCAGUUGACUUUUUAGUCAAACCUAUUCGAAAGAAUGAGCUUAAAAACCUCUGGCAGCAUGUGUGGAGGAAAUGUCACAGUUCUAGCGGUAGUGAGAGUGAAAGUGGUAUUCAUGCUCAUAAACCUAUGAAGGCGAGAAGCGAUGAAGUCUCAGAUGACGACAACGAUGAUGAUGAUGAUGAUGAUGAUGACGAUGACGACAGCAGUGAUGAGGAUGAUGACAGGAGCAUAGGCCUGACCACUAAGGAUGGAAGUGACAAUGGAAGUGGCACUCAGAGUUCUUGGUCAAGAAGAGCAGUAGAAGUUGAAAGUGCAAAGUAUUCACGGGACCAAUUAGCUGGGCCUCCUGAUAGCACUUGCGCACAGGUUAUCCGUGCAAGGCCAGAGGCGUCCAACAACUAUCAGCCAAAUACAAUUAGCACACGGGAGCAUGUUGGAGAGGAUAGCAAUUUAGACACUGUUGCGAUGGGGAAAGAUUUGGAAAUUGGAGUCCCUAGAAAUUCAGAAAAAGUUCUAGAAUCUAACUCGAAGGAAGCAGGUGAACCAAGUACCAAGUAUACUAAUAUUGGUAUGGCUGCCAAAUCAAAUGAGUCACAGAAGACUAAGGACUCACCUGUCCUUGAGCUCAGUUUGAAGAGACCACGAGACCUGGAGGAUACUGAUACCAGCACCCAUAAGCGAAAUAUUUUUCAGUCUGACCUUUCGGCCUUCUCGAGGUACAACAACACCACAUCAAAUGCCAAUCAAGCUCCAACCGGGAAUGUAGGCAGCUGCUCGCCACUAGAUGUUACUAUUAGCUCAGAAGCAGCAAAACCCGUGAACAUACAAUCUAACUCAAAUGGAGUCCCAAACCAGCGUUCUAAUGGCAGUAGCACUCACAAUAACGAUAUGGGCUCGAGCACUAAUAAUGCUUUCACCAAACCAGAACCUCUUGCAGAUGACAAAUCAGUUCCUCCUGGUCCUUGUGAGGGUGACACAACAAAGUUUCAAGUUCGCCACCACCACCAUCAUUACCACCACCACCACCAUCAUGUCCAUAAGACACAACAGCAACAAACGGCUAACCAGGAUGGUGGAUCUUCAAGAAACUUGGUGUCUAAUGCUUUGGCUGCACCGGCUGAAGGAAAUGCUGCUAAUUAUGGAAGUGCAUCAGGAAGUAACAAUAAGAGCAAUGGAGAGAAUGGCAAUAGUGGCCAAAAGGGUAACAGUUAUGCCGCCACAGCUGAAGGAGGUGAUGACGGAGCUGAAAAGAGCAAAGCUGGAAGUGGAAGCGGAAGUGGAAAAGGGAGUGGGGCUGAUCAAGACCGAGUAGCUCAUAGAGCGGCUGCUCUUAACAAGUUCCGCCAAAAGAGGAAAGAAAGAUGCUUCGAGAAAAAGGUACGAUACCAGAGCAGGAAAAAGCUGGCAGAACAGCGACCACGGGUUCGUGGACAAUUUGUUCGACAAGGGGUGAGUGGGAAGGAUGCAGAUUCGUAACGAUUAUUUGGCUCAGGCUUUUGGCUGUGGAAGUUGUAUAUGAAGGUCGAUCGUGUUUGUGUAGAUAUGAAGGGAACAUUUUUCAUCAAGGACUCUUCAAAAAGAAGAAAAUUAGCAGACUCCCCUCAUUCAUGUGGUAAGUUUCUGUUGUUAAAAGACUUUCUUUAUAGGUUUGACCCUAAAGGGGACAAAACCCUACGCCCAAAUAACGAAUUCUUCGUUUUGAUUUUUAAUCUGAUCGUUCGACUCGAGUUUUCUCUUAAAGAAACACUCUUUGCAGUC